AUGACCCGUUUUUGGCUGCUCGUGGCUUUUUUGUCGACGGCCGUAGUCGCAAGACAUCCGGCCUUACAUCCCUUCAUCUUUGGCAGACCUGUUGAUCGAGGAUUUGUUGGGUCCGAUUUCUAGAUAUUUAAAUAAUUUUGGCUUCCGUUAAAUUCCUUAAAAUUUAAUCCAGCUUCUUGCAAUUUCCAAACAAGAAUCAUGCUAACUAAGACUAAAAAAACUUCGAAUUUUUCAGUCAUGGGGAGCACGUCGCUGGUAUCAGCCACAGUGAUUACGAAAAUCUUGACGCUCAGGUCCAAAAGUUCAAUUUUUCACAGAAAGUUGAUAACUUUGACGUUAACAAUAAUGCUGUCUACAACCAGGUAAUUCUGAAAACUAUCAUCAUAAUUAAAAAAUCUUGCAGAGGUACUGGUACAACCCAACGUACUCUCAGAAGAAAAACAUCAUUUUCUUGAUGAUUCAAGGUUUUUAUUCCUUGAAACUUUAUUGGAUAAAUUCGUUAUAGGCGAGUCACCAGCUACAGAUCUUUGGAUCACCAACGGAGGUUAUCAAUACCUCCAGUGGGCCAAAAUGUUCGGAGCUGAUGCUUUCCAGCUCGAACAUCGUUGUUUUGGUUACAGUCGACCUUACCCGUCAGUUAUAUUCAUUUUUCUGACUUUUAGGAUGAUUUUUUUUAUUCUGAAAUGAGACUAUUCAGAGACACUUCCUUCAAAAACAUCAAAGUUUGCACGAUGGAGCAAGCUCUUGCAGAUAUUCACAAUUUCAUCAAUGCCAUGAACAAGAAGUACAACUUCCAGAACCCGAAGUGGGUCACGUUCGGAGGAUCAUAUCCAGGUUUGCUUUUAAUUUUUUGCGUUUUAACUUUUUCUGAAACUUCAGACACCCGUGAUAAAAAUCCAUUUCUUUGUACUGUUUUCUUUUGAUUUUCAAACAGCUUUUUUUCUGAUAAAACUGUUAAGCAAUAAAAAUCAGCUGUAAAGUGCUUUGAAAAAUUUAUAGUGCUUUAAAUUUUAACUAGAUGCGAAAAAAAGAAACCGUGCUGAAUUUUUCGCAAGGCAUCUGAUAAAGUUUGCAUUCAAUUUUUGUAAAGACUGCAAUAAAACUUAUUAAAACGUAAUUAAAAGGUACAGAGAAUCAUUGAAAAUUAAAAACUCGACUUCUAAAUUUUUUUCUCAAUCUCGGACAUUUCAGGCGCACUCUCGGCUCUUUUCCGCGCGACCUACCCGCAGGACACAGUGGGAGCCGUGGCGAGCAGUGCCCCGAUGCUUUGGACUCUUGACUUUUUCCGUGAGUCGGAAAAAGAAGUUUUUACAACUACCUUUCUGUUUCAGAAUACACUCAAGUCAUGGAAGAUGUCAUCACUCAAACCGAUCCAAACUGUCGAGAUCAAGUUGCUUUGGCCUUUUCGACAAUGCAAACGUUGACUUUGAAUGGCCAGAUCACGAAGCUCAAUAGCUAUUUCCAGUCAGCUCAAAUGAUUUGAUUUUGAAUCUCACAUCAAAACAGACUCGAUCCUCCUUUCGUGAACGGAAACUACACGCAGAAGGACAUUGACAACUUCUUCUCCAACGUUGUUGGCUACUUCCAAGGUGUCAUUCAGUACACAUAUGACGGCAGAGUGGGUGAUGGUUCUGUGUCAGCUUGUGGAGAAUGCAAUCUUAAGAAUGACGCCACAAAAAAUGGUUUGAACGUGAAAAACCUUUGCCAAAUAAUGACCGACAAUAAAAAAAUCCCCGAUGUCGUUUCAAGAGUAAAAGCCGUUAUUGACUGGGUGAGGCUUUUUUUUUCCAAUUUCCAUCAAAUUCAAAUAUUAACAGAUCAACAAAAUGAACGGAGACCCAGUUGGUCCUUUUGCCAACUCUUAUAGCGACAUGAUCAAGGUAGCAAAACAUUAAAUUUAGAAGAGUACUCAUUGUUCCAGGCGCUCGUUAAUGGGACGUAUGACGACGAAAAUUUCCAACAAAAUGGUGAUAACUGCCUGCAAAACAGUAAUGUAUGAUAGUUUACUUUCAGCUGCUGCGCGUGGAUGGAUGUGGCUCUGCUGCAAUGAACUAGGAGUUCUCCAGACUACAGACCAGGGACGUAACAUUUUCCAACAGACCAUCCCUCUCAAGUAAGUUUUGAUUUGAUAAUCUUUCGAUGAGAUAUUUCACUGGAAAUCGAUAUUUUUGCGAGUAUUUCAUUUCACCCGUUGAAGACGCCAUUAUUUUAAAACCACCUCAUUAUUUCUAUGAUAAUUCAAGCACCUGAACGAGUAUAUUUUUGAAAAAAACAUUCCUAAGUUUCCUUCACCAAGAGAAUGUCCACAUCUUUUUUUUUCUCAUGAGUUCAUCUUUCUCCCUUUUUCAGCUACUACAUCGAUAUGUGCACCGACAUGUUUGAUCCAAGCGUUGACAUUAAAUACAUACGAGACCGCAAUUUGAGAACUUUGAACACUUUUGGUGGCAACGCAAAUUAUAAAGUGACAAUUCAUGAGCAUUUUUUCAUCAACUUGCGGUUUCAAGGCCACUAACGUCGUUCUUCCGAACGGUUCCUACGAUCCUUGGCAUGUUUUGGGAACCAACGCGACCGACUCUGUCAACCACGUCACUCCUCUGCUCAUCCAAGGUAAAUUUAAUCAUCUUUUCGGAUCUCAAAAGGGAAUGAGUUUAGGAGCUGCGCAUUGUUCCGACAUGUAUCCGACGUACCCCAAUGAGCCAGCUGCUUUAGCAUCGAACCGAGCAAUUAUACAGAACCAGUUGCAGUACUUCUUGGGAAGUGAGUAGUUUGAUAAGAAAAUUAUUUUAUUCUAACUAUUUCAGUCAACUGA